AUGACACUAUCCUCUCCAGCCCCCGAGGUUGCGCAAUCCUCUGUCCACGAAGCGCAGAAGGCUCACAAAGCAGGUCUUCAAUCUGCAAACUCGACCACAAAAUCUCCCUACCAUGUUAUCAGCGAAGCGACACUGUUCUCGACGAUUGACCAGCACCAAUACUGGCAUCAUGUGGCCCCAAUGCUGGGGAAGAUGCUGAUGCAUGGGGAUUACGAUAUCCACCAGCAGUACUACUUCAUGUCGAUCUUCGCGAACCUCAUUGUUCCAAUGCUGGGCCCCUAUCCGUCGGACGGACGCAGCGUGUACAAGUGCGCCCUUGGGAGCAUCGGAUCCGUUGAGCUGAGCCAAAACUUCCAACCAACUAUGUCCACGGCUCGCGUGGCUUUCGAGCCUACCAGCUACUUUGCGACCACCGGCUCUGAUCCAUGUAAUCGAUUCGCCAUGGAUACGGCCUUGAUUAAGCUCAAGCAGCUGGGCAUAGAUAUGGAUCUGUCGCUACACCACAUCUUCGUGAAUGAGCUGCAGUUGACGGACACCGAUGAGCGGACGGUAACCAAGAAAACGCUACUUGCGGAGAAGUUCAAGACGCAGAAUCUUUUGGCCCUGGACCUGACCAGGCAAGGGAUCACGGUCAAGGAGUAUUUCUAUCCGGCGCUGAAGUCUGCGGCCACCGGGAAGCCCAUCCGCCAACUAUGCCUCGAUGCCUUGCGCAAAUGGGACACCGGCCGUCGGUUCGAGGCGCCUUCGCAGGUGGUCAACUCGUACUUGGAAGAGAGCCAGACGGACGCCUACUUUCUGUCGUUUGACCUGGUCGAUCCGCUCGCCACGCGAUUCAAGCUCUAUGUUCUGGAGCUGAACGUGACGUUCGCACAAGCGCAAAACCACUGGACGCUGGGCGGCCGGCUGCAGGACCAGGAUAUUCUCCAUGGGCUGGAGUUACUGCGCGAGCUUUGGGUCGGGUUCGGCAUUGUGGAGGGCCAGCGAACGCCGCCAGAUCAACCGACCCGCCCUGGCGAUCCGCCGACGCUGAUGCCGUUCUUCAUCAAUUUCGAGAUGAAGCCCGGCCAAAGCCUGCCCAAGCCCAAACUGUAUAUGCCGCUGACGGGCAUCCCGGAAUCCAAGAUCGCGAACACGCUGACAGAUUUCUUCACCCGCCAUGACAUGCCAGAUCAGGCCAGGGUGUAUGCCGACAAUCUCCAGUCGUACUAG